AUGGAUUACAGCUCGUUCAGUGGAGUCCCCCGGUUCUUGACCCGCCCUAAGGCGUUUAUGGUGUCUGUGGGGAAGGAUGCCACCUUGAGCUGCCAGAUCAUUGGAAACCCCGUCCCGGUUGUGAGCUGGGAAAAGGAUAAACUUCCAGUCCAGUCUGGGGGAAGGUUUAAAACCACAGAAGAUGGGGAUCUCUAUCGGUUAACGAUCUAUGAUCUGAGCCUGGAAGAUAGCGGCCAAUAUAUCUGCCGGGCCAAGAACACCAUCGGGGAAGCUUUUGCAGCUGUCAGCAUCAAAGUUGGAGAGGAGACCACGGUAACGGAGUCAGCCCCAUACUUCAUCCAGAAACCCUCCUCCAUCAAAGUAACACUGGGAGAAGAUGUCAUGUUCAAAUGCAAAGUCCAGGGCAGCCCUCCCCUCUCUGUGAACUGGGAGAAGGAUGGGAGACACCUACGGAACCGGGCUGAUGCUGGACGCUUCCAGAUUGAGUCUGCUGGGGAGUCAAACGCUCUCACCAUCCAGCGUGCCCAGCUGGGGGACAGCGGCACCUACACCUGCCGGGCAGAGAACCCCAUCGGCUCUGCCAGCGCUUCAGCUGCACUGGUGGUGGAAACGCAGGGCUCUUCCAACCCGGGCAGCAGCAGCCACUUUGAUACCAGCUGCGGCAAGACAGCAUCCUUGUUGUCUCACUUGCAGAAGAGGCGGGAGGAGAUCAGGAAGAUGGAAAUCUCCCAUGGGGCUCUUGAUUUAACAUCUGCCACAGCAGAAGGGUUGUCUGGCAUUGGUUACAGCCUCUCCCGGGAUUAUGAGAGGGCAGCUGGACUUAGCACAAAAGGGGCCCACAACGCAACUUUUGGGACACUGACACGCAUGUGCAGCGUGACAGAGGGGAAGCACGCCAAGCUGAGCUGCUAUGUGACGGGCGAGCCCAAGCCAGAGAUUGUGUGGAAGAAAGACAACGAGGUUAUUACGGAAGGGCGGCGGUAUGUCAUCUAUGAGGAUGAUCAGGAGAACUUUGUGCUGAAGAUCCUCUUCUGCAAGCAGAUAGACAACGGGCUGUACACCUGCACAGCCUCCAACCUGGCAGGCCAGACGUACAGCUCCGUGCUUGUCACAGUCAAAGAACCUGCAAUACCCUUCAAGGAAAAACUGAAGGAUCUUGAAGUGAGGGAGAAGGAAUCUGCCACCUUCCAAUGUGAAGUGCCUGUUCCUAGUACAGAGACAGCUUGGUUCAAGGAGGAAACCAAACUCCGGCAGAGCAAGAAAUACAACAUUGAAGAAGAGGGCACUUAUCGCCGGCUUACUGUUCAGAAUGUCACCACGGAUGAUGAUGCUGUCUAUAUCUGUGAGAUGAAAGAAGGCAGCAGGACUGUCGCAGAGUUGGCUGUUCAAGGGAACAUCAUUAAAAAACUUCCACGAAAGACUGCGGUCUUCAUAAACGAUACAGCUAUCUUCUGUGUGGAGCUGGACAAUGACUGCCAGAACAUCCGAUGGCUGAAAAAUAAAGAAGAAGUGAAAUCCAGCGAUCGAAUCUCUAUCACAUGCUCUGGCAAGCAACACACCAUGACUAUCCGAGAUUGUAAGAUGGAAGAUGCUGGUGAGAUUGCCUUCCUGGCUGAUGAAAGCAGGACUUCUACCCAGUUCACCGUGACCACUCCCAAAAAACCUCCCACCCAACCCCCAGCUGACCCUGUGGUGAAAAAUAAAACAGAAACCUCAGUGACGCUAGCAUGGUCCCCUCCGAAGAUGGACCGCCCCAUUCCAAUUGAUGGCUACAUCGUGGAACGCAAGAAACUGACUGGCUUUACCUGGGCGAGGUGCCAUGAGUCUCAUGUCCCUGUCCCAGAGUUCACGGUGAACAACCUGUCGGAAGAGGCUGACUAUCAGUUCCGAGUGUCUGCAGUCAACUCCUAUGGACAGAGCCCCUACCUGGAGUUCCCAGGGAGCAUGCACCUUGAACCAGUCUUGGCUGUGAAAACCCCUCUGACAACUGUUGAAGCUGUACCUGGAGGGGAUGCCCUGUUUACUGUUGACCUUACAACAACAUGUUCCGGCACUUGGUACCUGAAUGGUAAAGUCUUACAUGAAAGUGAGACCUACAUCAUUAAGAGAACCCAAACUACUCACACCCUAAUCAUAAAGAAUGUCACCAAGAACGAUGAUGGAGCAGAAGUGAAAUUUGUUGCUAAUAAUGUUGACACCAGCACCACGAUGAGAGUGAAAGGUGCUGCAGUGAGAUUUACCAACAAGAGCAGAGAUACAGAAAAAGUCUCUGUUCGGCUGCGGGAGGAUGCCAAACUUCAGGCUGAGCUUUCGGAUGCAGAGGUUACUGUGAAGUGGAUGAAGGAUGGGAAAGAGAUCAAGGGCAGUGAAAAAUAUGAACUUCAAACCGUGGGGAAAAAGCACAUCCUAAAAAUCCGCAGCACUGCAGCAGAGGAUGCUGGAGUUUAUGAGUGCAUCAGUGAAGGGGAUAAAAUGCUCUAUCAGCUUUCAGUGAAAGCACUUGCUAACUUCAUAAACAAAGAGAAGAGUGGAGGAGUUAUUAGGGCCAUUGCUGGAAAACAGGCUGAAUUUGUUUCUGAGACCUCUGAGGCCAACGUCAUGGUCAAGUGGUACAAAGAUGGCAAAGAAAUCACAGCCAGCAAGAAAUUCACCAUGGAAGAUAAAGGAAAACUGCAUAAGCUUGUGGCUUCAGCUGUGACGAAAGAAGAUGAAGGAACAUACACAUGCAAAAUUGGAGAUGACACUCUUACUUUUGACUUAAAAGUCUCAGAUGAAACUGUUAAUUUUGUCAACAAGCCCAAAACAACUCCAGAAAUAUUAGUCAGUCCUUCUGAAAACCUUGAGCUGCUGUGUGAGGUGUCAGCUGCGAGUGGAGGCGUGGUAUGGAGGAAGGAUCAAACUGAGGUGAAGCAGGACCAGAGGACAACAGUCAUCUCCCAAGGGACACACCGCAAGCUCAUCAUCAAGAAGGUGACAAAGCAAGACCAAGGGAGCUAUACCUGUGAAACGAAGGACGACAAAGUAACAUUCCAAGUCAAAGUCAGAGAGACAGAAGACGUGUUUACGAACAAGGACAAGGUACAAAAGGAAGCGAAGGCUGUACUGACACAAAACGCCACGCUGAGCUGCGAGGUGGCCCAGGAGAAGACUGAUGUGAAAUGGUACAAGGAUGGGAAACUGAUCACCUCCAGCAAGAAGUUCAAGGUGGAGUCGGAGGGCAAAUUGCGUCGCCUGGUGGUGUGUCAGGUGGAGAAGAAAGAUGCUGGGGAGUACACCUGCGAGGCUGCUGGCCAGAAACUGACCUUCAAGAUUGAUGUCACAGAAGCAGAAGAUGCCUUUAUCAACAAGGACAAAGUGAAGAAGGAGGUGAAAGCUGCACUAUCAGAAAAUGCCACGCUGAGCUGCGAGGUGGCCCAGGAGAAGACUGACGUGAAAUGGUACAAGGAUGGGAAACUGAUCACCUCCAGCAAGAAGUUCAAGGUGGAGUCGGAGGGCAAAUUGCGUCGCCUGGUGGUGUGUCAGGUGGAGAAGAAAGAUGCUGGGGAGUACACCUGCGAGGCUGCUGGCCAGAAACUGACCUUCAAAAUUGUCAUCACAGAGGCAGAAGAUGCUUUCAUCAACAAGGAGAAGGUGCAGAAGGAGGUGAAAGCUGCACUAUCAGAAAAUGCCACGCUGAGCUGUGAGGUGGCCCAGGAGAAGACUGACGUGAAAUGGUACAAGGAUGGGAAACUGAUCACCUCCAGCAAGAAGUUCAAGGUGGAGUCGGAGGGCAAAUUGCGUCGCCUGGUGGUGUGUCAGGUGGAGAAGAAAGAUGCUGGGGAGUACACCUGCGAGGCUGCUGGCCAGAAACUGACCUUCAAGAUUGAUGUCACAGGUGAUGUGUUUGAACACAAAGACAAAGUUCAAAAGGAGGUGAAGACAGUGCUGAAGGAGAAUGCCACACUGAGCUGCGAGGUGGCCCAGGAGAAGACUGACGUGAAAUGGUACAAGGAUGGGAAACUGAUCACCUCCAGCAAGAAGUUCAAGGUGGAGUCGGAGGGCAAAUUGCGUCGCCUGGUGGUGUGUCAGGUGGAGAAGAAAGAUGCUGGGGAGUACAUCUGCGAGGCUGCUGGCCAGAAACUGACCUUCAAGAUUGAUGUCACAGAGGCAGAAGAUGCUUUCAUCAACAAGGAGAAGGUGCAGAAGGAGGUGAAAGCUGCACUAUCAGAAAACGCCACGCUGAGCUGCGAGGUGGCCCAGGAGAAGACUGACGUGAAAUGGUACAAGGAUGGGAAACUGAUCACCUCCAGCAAGAAGUUCAAGGUGGAGUCGGAGGGCAAAUUGCGUCGCCUGGUGGUGUGUCAGGUGGAGAAGAAAGAUGCUGGGGAGUACACCUGCGAGGCUGCUGGCCAGAAACUGACCUUCAAGAUUGGUGUCACAGAGCCAGAAGUUGUGUUUGCCAACAAGGAGAAGGUGCAGAAGGAGGUGAAAGCUGCACUAUCAGAAAACGCCACGCUGAGCUGCGAGGUGGCCCAGGAGAAGACUGACGUGAAAUGGUACAAGGAUGGGAAACUGAUCACCUCCAGCAAGAAGUUCAAGGUGGAGUCGGAGGGCAAAUUGCGUCGCCUGGUGGUGUGUCAGGUGGAGAAGAAAGAUGCUGGGGAGUACACCUGCGAGGCUGCUGGCCAGAAACUGACCUUCAAGAUUGGUGUCACAGAACCAAAACCUGCAUUUAUAAACCAGGAAAAGGUUCAGAAGGAGGUGAAAGCUGUCCUGACGGAAAGUGCCACCCUCAGCUGUGAGGUAGCAGAGGAUGCAACUGAAGUAAAAUGGUACAAGGAUGGAAGGCUGCUUGUUUCCUCUAGGAAAUUCAAAAUAGAAACUGUGGGCAAAACCCGGCGCCUGGUUAUAGACCAGCUGGAGAAGAAAGAUGCUGGAGAAUACAUCUGUGAGGCUGCAGGCCAGAAGCUGACUUUCAAGUUGGAGAUAACUGAACCAGAGGCUAAAUUUGAAAAGAAAGUUGUCCAGAAAGAGCCUCUCAUUGUUCAGGAACAUGAAAGCAUCACACUGACUACUUCAGUAACACCUGAAACUGCUCCAGUGAAGUGGUUCAAGGAUGGAACGGAAAUCAAGGCAAGCAAGAAAUACGAGGUCAAGAGUGAGGGGGCAUGCAGGACCCUGACGGUGACCCUGGCUGAGAGCACAGACACUGCUGUGUACACAUGCCAGACAAAGAACGACAAGCAGGAAUUCAAAGUGCAGGUGAAAGAAAUCCCAGUGAAGUUUGCCAAAAAACUUGAACCUGUUAAUGCUGAGAUUGGAGGCAGCGUCUCUUUGACCUGUGACGUGAGCCACGCCAAAGGGAAGGUGAUGUGGUGCAGGAACGGAGUUGAGAUCAAGCCCAGCAAGCGUUUCCAGAUUCAUGAAGAGGGGGUCAAACGAACCCUGACAAUAACAGGCAUCCGGGCUGAGGAUGAGGGAGAGUACUCCUGUGAGUCCAGAGAUGACAAGAGCAGCAUUACCAUCACCCCCAAAGCUCCCAGAGUGGUGAAAUUCAUUACAAGCCUCAACAGCGUGGUCUCUGAGGAAGGCAACGAGGCUGUGUUCAAGUGCACCGUCUCUCCCAGUGAUGCCGUGGUCACUUGGCUCAGGAACGGUGUCAAGAUUGAAGCCAGCAAGAAGUAUGUGAUCUCGCAGAAGGAUACCAGCCACAGCCUCACCAUCACUGAUCUGACACUGGAAGAUGCAGCUGAAAUCUCCGCCAACGCUGAGGGUGUAGAAAGCAAAGCCAAUCUCAGAGUCCGAGAGGCCUCAGUUUCGUUCAAGAAGAAACUGGAGCCCAGAACGGUUCAAGAGAGGGACACAGUGACCUUGGAGGUAGAGCUGACCAAGCCUGCAGGGGUGAAGUGGAUGAGGAACAGCAUCGUAUUGAAGCCCAGUGAAAAAAUAGAGAUCAAAGCUGAGGGGACAAAGCAUACCUUGGUGGUUAAGGACAUCUCCUUUGCAGACAGGGGCUUCUAUUGCUGUGAGAGUCCUGAUGACAAGACCCAAGCCAAGAUCAAUGUGGAAAUGAGGCAGAUCAAGUUGGUGAAGGGUCUUCAGCCCCUCGAAGUCUCUGAGAAAGGGACUGUCACCUUUGAGGUGGAGGUGUCACAUGAGGAUGUGGAAGGCACCUGGCAGAAGGAUGGUGUUCGCCUGAAGCCUGCAUCAAAUGUCAGUAUUGGUGUCCUGGGGAAGAAACAUUCACUGACUCUAUCUUCGGUGACUCUUGAAGAUGCAGGACUCAUCUCCUUCAAAGCAGAGGGCAUUCAUUCAUCAGGGAGGCUCACUGUGACAGAACUGCCUGUGAGAAUCAGCAAACCUUUGGUAGACAUGGAUGUAACUCAGAAGCUCAAGGUCACAUUUGAGUGUGAGCUGUCCAGGCCCAACGUGGACGUUAAGUGGUUCAAGGAUGGGAAGGAGCUCCAGCAAAGUAAAAAAAUUGGGAUUAUUUCCCAGGGAACUAAGAGAAGCCUCAUUAUUCACAAGUGUGAAUAUGAAGACCAGGGAACCUAUACAUGUGAAGCAGCUGAAGACAAGACAUCAGCUACCCUAAAGGUUCAUGCCCGAGAUAUCAAGAUUGUUAAACCACUAGAAGAUGUGGAAGUGAAUGAAUAUGAGAGCGCGUCUUUCGUCUGUGAGAUCUCACAUGAUGAGGUCCAAACCCAAUGGUACAAAAAUGACAACAAGCUGAAGGCUACCGACAAUAUUAGAAUGCGUCAAGACGGAAAGACCUAUUCGCUGACUUACGCGCGUGUCCAAGUUGAAGAUGCAGCAGAGAUCAAAUUUGUAGCAGAAAAGGCAGAAUCUCGUGCUCAGCUUACUGUAAAAGAGCUGCCUGUAAAAAUUGUGAAGCCUUUGAGAGAUAAGAUUGCUCUUGAAAAACAUCGGGGGUUCCUGGAGUGCCAGGUGUCUCGUGCCAAUGCCGAAGUUAAAUGGUAUAAAAAGGAUGUUGAAAUUCACCCUAGUGCCAAAUACGAAAUUGUGAGUGAUGGUGUCUAUCGGAAACUCAUCAUCAACGAUGCAGAUUAUGAAGAUGAGGACACAUACACUUGUGAUGCCUUUGAUGACAAAAGCAGUGCUAAUUUCUUUGUUGAAGAGCAAUCCAUUAAUAUUUUAAAGGAGUUGUGUGAUGAGGAUGUGACUGAGCCUGAAGAAGCCAAGUUUGAAUGUGAGAUAUCCAUUCCAUCCGUGAAACCUCCCAAAUGGUCUCUACGUGGGGAAAUCUUACAGGCUGGCAGAAACAUUAUCAUGCAGCAAGAAGGCACCAUCCACAGGCUGACAAUACUGAAGACUAGUGCCGAUAUGACAGGCACCAUUCAGUUCUCCAUUGGGAAAUCAAAAUCCACAGCAAACCUGCUAGUCAGAGAUUACCACAUACAGAUCACCAGGAAGAUGGAGGACAAGACCGUUCUGGAGCGCCAUUCAGUCAUCCUGUCCUGCGACUUCAGGCCUUCUCCAAAGAUUGUGAAAUGGUUCAAGGGCCACGUGCCCAUUGAACCCUCCGAGAAGUACAAAAUUAAGCGGGAGCAGCAUUCGGCGGAGCUCAAGAUUUUGAAGGUGAAGCCUGAAGAUGCUGGCAUGUACAAGUGCAGGGCUGGAAACGCGGAGACCGAAGCCACGCUGACUGUUGAAGCCCGCAAUGUAGAAGUACUCAAACACCUACAGGACGUGGAAAUUGAAGAAGAGAGUUCUGCUGUCUUUUCCUGCGAGCUGUCCCACGAUGACGAGGAUGUGGAAUGGUUCCUCAACGGCAUCCUCCUUUACACCAACAAUUUCAAUGACAUCAGGAAUGUUGGCAAUUGCUACAUGCUGACGAUGAAGCAGGUCAAACCUGAGGAUGCUGGCACAGUGACGAUGAAGUCAGACAAAGUGACAGAAAGCGUGCGUCUGAAGGUGAUAGAGAAGCCUGCUGUCUUCAUGAAGUCCUUGGACGAUGUUUUUGGUGAGGAGCGGGGUGUGAUUAAACUGGAAUGUGAAGUCUCCAAAGAGAAGGUCAAACCUGUUUGGAAAAAGGAUGGAGUGAAGCUCAGUUCUGGUAACAAGUAUGAGCAGAUACAGUCUGGGAAGACCCUGUGCCUCCUUAUCCAUGACCUUGAAAAGACAGAUGCAGGUUUAUACACCUGUGAUAUUGGCACUGAUGUUGCCAAGUCAAAGGUCAGCAUUCAGGAACUGAACAUUGGCAUCACAAAACGUCUGAAGAAUACUGAAAUCCAGGAGGGAGAAGAUUGCACUUUUGAGUGUAUUUUGUCCCAUGAAAGCAUUGAUGACUUCAACUGGACACUGAAUGGGAGCAAACUGGAAAGUGGUGGGCGAUUUAGAACCUCUAACAUGGGUCGGAAAUAUAUACUCAGUAUCAAAAGUGUGAUUCCUGAUGAUGCUGGGGAAAUAAUUUUCACUGCCCGUGGUCUAACCUCCAAAGCUGCUUUGGUUGUGAAAGAAAAACCUACUGAAGUUAUAAAACAGCUGGAGGAUAAAACAUCAGCAGCGGGGCAGGACAUCAGCCUGAGCUGUGAGUUGUCAAAACCUGAUGUGAGCAUCAGGUGGUACAAGGAUGGCAAAGCAAUCCGAAAAAGCCAGAAAUACGACUUGCACCAAGAGGGAACACGGGCCAUACUGAUCAUCCAUGAUUCUACGGUCAAGGACAGUGGGGAAUACACCUGUGAGACGGAGGUCUCUAAAACGAAAGCAAGGAUCACAGUGCAAGAAAAACCGAAUUAUUUUGUCAAGGAACUUUCAGAUCUGAAAGUCGAUGAAAAUGGAACUGCAGUUUUUAUGUGCCAGAGUGAGAAAGCUGCAUCCUCUGUGGUCUGGAGGAAAGGCAUAGCUGAACUCAGGGCUAGCAAGAAAUACGAGAUUACACAGAAGGGACAAGUCCUCCAGCUGACCAUAAAGAACUUGGAGAAAAGUGACAGUGACACUUACACUUGCGACAUUGGUGAUGCUCAGUCCAGAGCCAAGCUAGUUGUGCAAGGCCAGAAAGUGCUAAUAACAGAAGACCUGGAAGAUGUCACUGUGUUAGAAGGAGAAUCUGCCAUGUUCAGAUGCAGAAUCUCUCCUGUAGAGUAUAGCAAAGUGCAGUGGUUUUUGGAUAAAACCCCACUCCAUACCAAUGAACUUAAUGAGAUCCAGUCUCAGCCUGGUGGAUAUCACUUGCUAACGUUGAAAAAACUCUCACUGAAGGACUCGGGGGUCAUUACAUUUGAAGCUGGUGAUAAGAAAACAUCUGCCAGUUUGGUUGUUAAAGAGAAGCCCUGCAUCUUCACAAAGGAGCUGGUUGAUACUGAAGUCACUGAGGGAGAGGAUGUGAUCCUUCACUGUGAAACCUCCAAAUCAGACAGCGCUGUAAAGUGGUGCAAAGAUGGGAAGAGCCUUAGGAAUUCUUCCAAGUAUAACAUCAGCCGGUCGGGAUUUGAAGCCAAGCUUGUCAUUCACAGGGCAGAAGAAAAGGACAGUGGCAGAUAUGAGUGUGAGGCUGGAGCAGCUAAAAGUAGUGCGGUUAUUACUGUCAAGGAAAUACCAGUUCUUUUCAAGAAAGAGCUCCAAAAUGAAGAAGUUAAAGAAGGGAAACAAGUCAAGCUGACCUGUGAGCUCAGCAAACCUGAUACCCCAGUGAAAUGGAUGAAGGGAAGCACUGUUCUCUAUGCCAGUGAGAAGUAUGAAUUCAAGCAGCAUGGUACUGUGGCAGAGCUCAUUAUUCGAGAUGUCAAAUCAAUAGACUCUGGAGACUAUACCUGCAGCACUGGAGAACUGAAGACCACGGCUCGGGUGAAAGUAAAUGCUGUGCCUGUCCUUUUUAAACAAGCCCUGGAGAACACAGAAAUGGAAGAAGGGAAAUCUGUCUCCUUGCGCUGCGAGCUCACAAAAGCUGAUGCCACUGUGGUGUGGAAGAAGGGAGAAGCCACGCUCCAGGCAAGUGCCAAAUAUGAAAUGAAGCAGAAGGGGACAGUGGCAGAGCUGGUGAUUCAUAAUACAGAGCCAGAAGAUGCAGGAAGAUACACCUGUGACACUGGAGACCAGCAGAGUACAGCCCAAGUCAAAAUCCAUGCCCUGCCAGUCCGUUUCAAAAAAGAGCUGAGGAACGAGGAAGCCACCGAGAGCGGGACGGCCACACUGCAGUGCGAGCUGAGCCAGGCGGUGGGCUCGGUCGAGUGGAGGAAGGAUGGGAAGGUGCUGAUGCCAAACGACAAAUACAAAAUGAGACAGGAAGGGCGUUUUGUUGAGCUGGUUAUCCAAGACCUAGACCUGACGGAUGCUGGGAGCUAUACCUGCGUGUGUGGAGACCAGAAGACAACAGCUGCUUUGAGAGUGAAUGCCUUGCCUGUCCUCUUCCAAGAAGAAAUGUUGAACAAGGAAGCUACAGAGGGGGAGGCAGUCACUUUGCACUGUAAACUGAGCAAAUCGGCCCCGGUUGAGUGGAGAAAGGGGAAUACAGUCCUCAAGCCAAGUGAAAAAUACAAAAUAGAGCAGGAAGGUCCCUUUGCAGAGCUGAUGAUCCGGGAUUUGGACUUGGCAGAUGCUGGUGAUUACAGCUGUGUAUGUGGAGACCAACAGACUACAGCUGCUUUGACAGUAAAUGUUCUGCCUGCUCUUUUCACCAAAGAACUGACAGAUGAAGAAGCCACAGAAGGUAAAAGCGUGUCUCUGCAGUGUGAGCUGAAUAAGGCUGCUGCUAACGUGGAGUGGAAGAAGGGAUUCAAGACCCUCAAAUCAAAUGACAAAUACAAAAUGAAGCGCAAAGGUGUUGUUGCUGAGCUUAUAGUCCAAAAUCUAGAAAUGACGGAUGCUGGAAAUUAUUCCUGUGUGUGCGGAGACCAGCAGACUAUGGCAGUUUUAACAGUACAUGCUUUGCCUGCAUUUUUCAAAGAAGGAUUGAAGAACAGAGAAGCCACAGAUGGUGCAACAGCCACUCUGCACUGUGAGCUGAGCAAGGUCGGUGUCCCGGUGGAGUGGAAAAAAGGGGACAAGACACUCAAACCGAGUGAUAAGUAUAGGAUGAGACAAGAAGAUUCUGCUGCAGAGCUGUUGAUCCGAGAUCUGGUGGUAGAAGAUACAGGAGAAUAUACCUGUGUGUGCGGAGAUCAGAAGACCUCGGCUGUCUUGACAGUCCAUGCAUUGCCUGCACUGUUCAAAAAAGAACUUGUCAGUAUGGAAGCCACAGAAAAUGGGACGGCUGUUCUGCAGUGUGAGCUAACUAAACCUGCUCCGGUGGAGUGGAGGAAAGGGCACAAGGUGCUCAAGCCUAGUGAGAAGUACAAAAUGAGACUGAAGGAUACCAUUGCUGAGCUGACAGUCCACAGCCUGGAGGAACAAGAUGCGGGAGAUUACACAUGUGUGUGUGGAGACAAGAUGACUACUGCAUCCCUGACGGUGCAUGCCCUUCCCCCGCAUUUUACAAAAGAGUUGAAGAAUGUGGAAGCCACAGAAAAUGGCACGGCCACUUUCUGCUGUGAACUGAACAAGCCCACAGCUGCUGUGGAGUGGAGGAAAGGAGACAGAGCCCUGGGGACAGGUGACAAGUUCACCAUGAGAUGCGAGGGCACAACUGCUGAGCUGGUGAUCCGUGAUUUAGAUCUGACAGAUGCUGGAGAUUACACAUGCUGUUAUGGAGAUCAGAAAACCACUGCUGCACUAAAAGUGAAUGCCUUGCCUGCGCACUUCAAGAAAGAGAUGGAGAAUGAAGAAGCCACAGAAGGUGAAACAGCCACUCUGCAGUGUGAGCUAUCUAAGGCUGCCUCGGUGGAGUGGAAAAAGAAACAUAAAGUGCUCAAAUCGAGUGAAAAAUAUACUAUGAGACAGGAAGGUACUACAGCACAACUGCUAAUCCAUGCUUUAGAAGUCAAGGAUGCUGGGGAGUACACCUGUGUGUGUGGAGACAAGAAGACUACUGCAGCACUGACAGUGCAUGCCCUUCCUGCUCUCUUCAAAGAAGAGUUAAGACAUGAGGAAGCCAUGGAGGGUAAAGCAGUCACCCUGCGCUGUGAGCUGACCAAGACCGCUUCAGUGGAGUGGAAAAAGGGACACACAGUACUCAAACCUAGCGAGAAAUACAAAAUGAGGCAGAAGGAUGUCACUGCAGAACUGGUGAUCCAUGAUCUAAAUGAGUGUGAUGCUGGUGAUUAUACCUGUGUGUGUGGGGAUAAGCAGUCCACAGCUUCCUUAGUAGUACACGCGCUGCCUGCACGCAUCAAGGAGAGUCUGAAGGAGGAGGAGGUAACCGAAGGUCAAGCAGCCACUCUGCGCUGUGAGCUGACCAAGGUUGCUCACGUAGAGUGGAGAAAGGGCAGCAGUUUGCUCAAAGUCAGCGACAAAUACAAAAUGAGGCAGGAGGGCACGGUCAUGAAGCUGCUUAUCCAUGACGUAGAACUGAAAGAUGCUGGAGAAUACACUUGUGUGUGUGGAGAACACGAGACAACAGCUGCCUUGAUAGUGCAUGCCCUGCCUGUGCUUUUCAAAGAAGAACUGAAGGACCUGCAAGCCAUGGAAAGCCAAACAGCCACCCUGCGCUGUGAGCUGACCAAGGCUGCUGCUGUGUCAUGGAAGAAAGAAAACAAAAUACUCAGGGCAAGUGAAAAAUACGUCAUGCGGCAGGAUAAUGCCCUUGCUGAGCUGGAGAUUUGUGAUCUAGAGCUGCAAGAUGCGGGAGAUUACACCUGUGUGUGUGGAGACCAACACACCACAGCUUCUCUGACAGUGAAUGCCCUGCCGGUGCUUUUCAAGGAAGAACUGAAGAAUGAAGAAGUCCAGGAAGGAGCAUCAGUCUGUCUGUGUUGUGAAUUAACCAAAACAGCUCCAGUGCAGUGGAAAACAGGAUCCAAAGUGCUCAAAGCAAGUGGCAAAUAUCAAAUGAGACAGCUUGGCACCACUGCAGAGCUGGUCAUUCAUGACCUAGAAGUAAAAGAUACUGGAGAUUAUAUCUGUGUGUGUGGUGACCAGAAGACAACAGCAACCUUAACAGUUCAUGCUCUGCCACCACUCUUUAAGGAAGAGCUGAAGAACAAGAAAGCAGAAGAAGGUGGAGAAGUCACCCUGCACUGUGAGCUCACCAAGGCUGCUCUGGUGGAGUGGUGGAAGGACCAGAGGAUUCUUAAAGCGAGUGAUAAAUACGAAAUGAGGCAGGAAGGGACCAAGGCAGAGCUGGUGAUUCAUGAAAUAGCUGAGGAGGAUGCAGGAGACUACACCUGUAUGUGUGGAGAGCACCAGACUACAGCUGUCUUAACAGUACAGGCCGUGCCUCCGUUUUUCCAAGAGGAAAUGACCAGCAAGGAAGCAGUAGAAGGUGGAACGGCCACGUUGCACUGUGAGCUCAGCAAGGCGUCUGCCCGUGUUCGGUGGAAGAAGGGCCAUUGCGCCCUCACCUCGGACAACAAGUACAGCGUGAGACAGGAGGGCUGUGUAGUGGAGCUGGUCAUUCAUGAUUUAGACUUGAGUGAUACUGGAGAUUAUACCUGUGUGUGUGGAGACAAGACCACCACAGCUGCCUUAAGAGUGCAUGCACUGCCUCCAGAAUUCAAAAAACCCCUGAAGGACCUAGAAGCUGUAGAAAGUGGGACAGCUGCCCUGCACUGCGAGCUGACUAAACCUGCUGCGGUGGAGUGGAAGAAAGGGCAGGAAGUGCUCAAAGCAAGCAGCAAAUAUAAAAUGAGUCAAGAUGGUGCUGUUGCAAAGCUGAUUAUCCAUGAGCUGGAUGUGGAGGACACUGGAGACUACACUUGUGUGUGUGGAGAUCAGCAGACAACUGCCACUUUGACAGUCAAUGCCCUACCAGCACUUUUUAAACAAGAGCUUCAGAAUACAGAGGCAAAAGAAGGUGGUACAGCAACACUGAGGUGUGAGCUUACCAAGCCCAAGGCUCCGGUAGGGUGGAGGAAAGGAGAUACUACUCUCUACCCUGGUUUGAAAUAUGAGAUGAAGCAGGAGGGCUCCACUGCUGAACUAGUCAUUUAUGACUUAGAACUGGAUGAUUCAGGAAAGUACAUCUGCGACUCUGGACACCAGCAGACAACGGCUGUGGUAACCGUGCAUGCACUGCCUGUCACAUUUAAGCAACACCUACAAAAUAAGGAAUCAGAGGAAGGAAGUACAGCUACGUUCCGCUGUGAGCUGUCGAAACCCAAUGCUGCAGUGGAAUGGAGGAAAGGAGGAGUGGGGCUGCAGCCCAGCCAGAAAUAUGAAAUGAGGCAGAGGGAAUGCCUGGUAGAGCUCUUAAUACAUAAUCUUAAGUUAGAAGAUACAGGAGAAUACAGCUGUGAUACUGGGGAUCAGGAAACCAAGGCAUCUUUAAAUGUGAGAGCUCUGCCAGUUCUUUUCAAAAAGGAGCUCAAAGACAAGGAGGCAGAAGAAGGAGCUGCAGUGAAAUUCCAGUGCGAGCUGACAAAAGAUAAUGCAACAGUCGAAUGGAGGAAAGGCACCAUGGAGCUCUUCCCGUGCGCCAAAUACGAAAUGAAAUUAAGUGGUUGCACAGCUGAACUUGUAAUUCAUAAUGUAGAACCAGAAGAUGCCUCUGAUUACACGUGUGAUACAGGAGACCAGCAGAGCACAGCAGUCCUCAGAGUGAAUGCCAUCAAACCCCAGCUGAAGCAGCACCUGAAGAACGAAGAAGCGGAAGUGGGAGGAACAGCCAGGCUGCGCUGUGAGAUUUCCAUUAGCAAAGCAGAGGUGGAGUGGAGGAAAGAUGGGGCCAUUCUUCACUCCAGCUCCAAGUACGAAAUGUGGCAGGACGGCACCCUCCGCGAGCUGCGCAUUCACCGCCUGGAGCCUAGCGAUGCAGGGGAGUAUUCCUGCAAGGCUGGAGAUGAGACGAGCUCUGCAAAACUGACUGUCAAAGAGCCUGACGUGACCAUUGUGAGUGGCCUGAAGGACAUGGUGGUGGUUGAAGGCGAUGAUGUCACGUUUCGGUGCCAGGUUUCUCAUGAGAAUGCAAGAGAUGUUGAAUGGAAGCUACAGGAUGUUGCUCUGCAAAAUAAUGAAAUGAAUGAGAUCUCAGUGGAAAAAGGAAAAAUUCACACCCUGACAUUAAGGAAGGUGACUGAGCAGGACAUUGGCACCAUCACUUUCCGAGUGGGACCCCACACGUCAACGGCAGAGCUCACAGUAAAAGUGCCACCUCCAGUCUUCAAGGAGAAAUUACAGAGCACAGAGCGGCAGGAGGAAGAAACAGCCAUCCUCCGCUGCGAGGUCUCCCAACCCAACGCCACAGUGAAGUGGAAGAAGGGUGCCCAGGUGAUCUCCCCGAGCUCCAAGUAUGAAAUCAGGCAGGAAGGAACAAUCCAUACUUUAAAGAUUUAUCACUUAAAACCAGAAGACUCGGGCAAAUACACCUGUGAUAAUGGAAACGAACAAACGACAGCCACCUUAACUGUUAAAGCUUUGCCAGUAACCUUCAUACAACCACUCCAGAACCAGCAAGCUGAAGAAGGCGGCACCAUCACUUUGAGCUGUGAAAUCUCAAAAUCAAAUGCCACUGUGCAGUGGAAGAAGGCCGGCAGAGUGCUGCGACCAAGUGACAAAUACAAGAUGCGUCAAGCUGGAUCUGUGGCUGAGCUGACAAUUCACAAUCUGAGUGAAGCUGAUGCUGGGGAAUAUGUGUGCGACACAGGGGACCAGCAAACCACUGCAGCUGUGCUCGUGAAAGAACCAGCAGCAACCAUAGUGGAGACACUGAAGGACAUCACUUCAUACGAAGGAGAAGACGCAGUGUUCGAAUGCCGAUUGUCCCGGGAAACAACUCAGGACACCCAAUGGUUCCUGGGGGAUGUUCCCCUACAAUCCAAUGAAAUGAAUGAGAUCAGAGUCCAUGGGACACAUCACACUUUGAUCUUGAGGAAGGUGACAGUAGAAGACUGUGGGCCCAUCAGUUUCAAGGUUGGGCAGCAUACCUCAGCAGCACAGCUGACAGUCCAAGUUGCCCCGGUCACCUUUGUAAAGGCGCUCCACAGCUUGGAGCUCCAGGAGGGUGGCACAGCUCACCUGUCCUGCGAGGUGUCCAAACCUGAUGUCCCGGUGGAGUGGAUGAAAGGCACGUCCGUGAUCCGCUCUGGCCAGAAGUGCAGCAUCAAGCAGGAGGGGAACGUGCACACACUGGUCAUUCAUGAUCUGAACCGUGGGGACUCAGGGGAAUACAGCUGCCACACAGCUGAUGAGAAGACCACUGCCAGGCUGGAGGUUAAAGCCCUGCCCGCGCUUUUCAAACACUGGCUGAAAAAUGAGGAGGUGGGGGAAGGGGGCACAGCCAUGCUGCACUGCGAGCUGACGAGACCCAGCGCACACGUGGAGUGGAGGAAAGGAGACACGGUGCUGCAGCCAGGCGACAAGUAUGAGAUGCGGCAAGAGGGGACGCGUGUUGAGCUUUUCAUCUAUGAUGCUGAGGCUCAGGAUGCUGGUGAUUAUACGUGCGACUCAGGGGAUCAGCAGACCACUGCAUCAUUGCAAGUUAAAGUACUGCCCGUGCUGUUUAACAAAGAGCUGCAAAACGUGGAGUCUGAGGAAGGGGGAACAGCUGUCUUGCACUGUGAGAUCUCCAAGCCAGAUGCUCCCGUUGAGUGGAGAAAAGGAGGGGUGGUCAUUCAGCCCAGUGACAAGUACGAGAUGAAGCUGAAAGGCAGCGUUGCUGAGCUGAUCAUCCAUGGCGUCGAGCCCGAUGACUGCGGGGAUUAUACCUGUAGCACCGGAUACGAGAUCACCACAGGUUCUGUGUAUGUGCAAGAAGAAGCAGCAGUCAUAGUUUCUGGUUUAAAGAACACAGACGUCUUUGCGGGUGAGUCAGCCACGUUCACCUGCGAGCUCUCGUACCCGGGUGUGAAGAACGUGCAGUGGUGGCUCGAUGGAACUCCACUUCACAACAACUUUGUGACUGAAAUCUCUGAGCAGGACGGGAUGAUCCACACUUUAAUCCUAAAUGAUGUGGCGUGCCAUGACUCGGGCACUGUCACCUUCAGAGCUGGGUCCCUUAUAUCUUCAGCUAAAUUAUUAGUCAAAGAUCCAACCAUUGAAGUGGUCAGUCCCAUGCAGGAUAUAACUGUUGAUGAAGAUGGCACAGCAGAGUUCAUAUGCCAGUAUUCUAGGCCAGUACACGCCAUAUGGAAGAAAAAUGAUCAGGAAAUACAUGCAGAUGGGCAGCGAGUGAUUAUCAUUCAGGACUGGAAUGUAAGCAUGCUAAAAAUUAAACCUACGGUACCAGAAGACACUGGCAUCUAUUCUUGUGAAGCUGAAGGCACUAAAGUGAUGGCUACACUUGAUGUUCAAGCCAAGAACAGCAUUGUCCAGGGCUUGGAGAACGUGGAAGCGGUGGAAGGAGGGGAAGCCCUGUUUGAAUGCUAUCUUUCCAAGCCCGAGUGCUACAAUUACAACUGGCUGAUUGAUGAUGAACCUGCCCAAACUACAGAAAACACUGAGAUGGUUUACUUUGAAAAUGGGCGCCGGCAUCUGCUGCUGCUGAAGAACCUAACUCCCCAGGACAGCUGCAGGGUGACUUUUAUGUGCAACAACGCAGUGAGCUCAGCCUUCCUGACGGUGAAAGGAUGGCGCCUGCAGAUCUUGCAGCCUCUCACAGAUGUGGAAGUCUCUCCAGGGGAGAAAGCUACGUUUAGCUGUGUUCUAAGUGAAGCUGUGCCAAUUACUGAAGUUGCCUGGUAUAGUAAUGACACAGAGAUCCAGUCAGGUGAUGACUGGGAGAUGCAAGCAGAAGGAAACAAGUACAAACUUAUUCUGAAAAAAGCCCAAUCGCAUCAUUCUGGAGAGGUGACCUUUGCUUCCAGGGAAGCAAUAGCAUCAGCCAAGUUAUCUGUGCUAGCCCACCCUGAUCCACCUGAAGAACCCGAAGUUUUAAGUAAGAACAGCAACUCUGUAACUCUGUCUUGGUACAAGCCGUUGAGCGAUGGUGGUUGUGACAUCCUAGGCUACAACGUGGAGAGGAAAAUCCCAGGGGUUGGCUGGCAGUCAUGCAGCAAGGGCAUUAUUCAAAAAACGGAGUUUAUGGUGGACGAUCUCACUCCAGGUGAACCCUACAGAUUCCGUGUCUCAGCUAUAAACAAAGUUGGGGCCAGCGAGCCGGUGCACUUCCCUCAGACGGUGUGGCUAGAGCCUCCAGUAACAGUCACCCAGCCUUUGGUGGGAGGAUCAGUCUUAGAAGGGGAGGUGGCUCGCUUGGAGUGCAGAUUAUCAAGUGAAACUCAAGAGACUGUGACAUGGUUCAAAGGAAAAGAAAAAAUACAAGCUGGAGGGAGAUACGAGAUCCUCUCUGAUGGAAAAAAACAGAUACUCAUUAUUCAUUCAUUUAAACCUGAAGACCAGGACACUUAUACCUGCAUGGUUUCUCCAGAUGUCAAAUCUGUUGCCAGCUUGUGUCUCGAAGUUCCUGCAGUGACAAUGCUAAAAGAGAUUGCCAGGGAAGAAGCCCCUGCUAGCCAGCCAGAAGAGCUGGUGGAUGGCCACGUCCAGCCCAGCUUGCCCCCUGAGGCUGCUCAGGAGGGAGAUCUUCACCUCCUGUGGGAAGCCCUGGCCAAGAAACGCCGGAUGAGCCGGGAGCCCACCUUGGAUUCCAUCAGCGAAGUGCCUGAAGAGGAUGAGAAGCUUCAGAAGCUGAGGAAGGAGGAAGCAGAGAUGUCUCACUAUUACUCUGAGGAGUACUCCACAUGUGAUGAGCUGGCUAGGACAGGAGAAGCAGAUUUCUCUUUCACAAGCUCAGAUGAUGAGUCUAGAGCUGGGACUCCUUCACUAGUAAACUACCUCAAGAAAGCUGGGAAGGCAAGUGUCAGUGUUACUAGCAAGGUUCAGUCCACCUCCACAGGCAAAUUAUGGAAACAGUGGGAGAAAUCCAAUGUGGAGACUGUUGCGGCUGCCCCAGCUGCUAAGCCAACCGAACCAGAAACACCAGAUUUAGAUGAUCCUUCCAUGAACAAGGCUGCUGUGAAGAUCCAAGCUGCUUUUAAAGGCUACAAAGUCAGGAAAGAGAUCAAGCAACAAGAAUGCCCCGUGUUUACUGAGACCUUCAAAGAUUUCUCGGGUGAGCCUGGAAGCACUCUCCACCUUGAGUGUGUGGCCCACAGCAAAACCGAUAUGAAAGUCCGUUGGCUGAAAGACGGGGAAGAGCUCUCAGAUGGUCGCUACUAUCACAUAGACAAUUACAGUGAUGGGACCUGCUCUUUGAUUAUCACCGGCCUGGACAGGAAAGAUGCGGGUAAAUACACCUGUGAGGCAUCCAAUAAAUUUGGCAAGGUUUCACACAGUGCAAAGGUGGUUAUUGGCACUCAGGAACCUCAGGUUCUUCAUAAGGAGAAGCGGGUUAAACAAAGCACUGACAGCGAGACGGAGAGCUCGUCGGGCAGCGAGCUGGAUGAUGCUUUCCGUAAAGCAGGAAGGAGACUUCAUAGACUCUUCAGGGCCAAGAUCUCAACAGAGAUCUCUGAUGUGGAGGAAGAGCUCUUUGUCAGUGCAGAUGAAGGCGACAUAGAGGUGGUCGACCAUCAGACAUAUCGUGAGGAUGACCAGUACAUCUACAUCAAGUUUGAAAUCUUGUCUGAGGCAAAAAAUGCCGCCACUCGAUUCAGAGAGAUGUUUGGUGCUCUGGGAAUUCCUGUGGAGAUUGAUAUUUUGGAGCAAGGCCCUAAAAAAAUUGAAUUGCGUAUUGGUAAAGCAACACCACCCGCCCACGGGAAGUUUGCAUCACCAGUCGUGAGACCUCCACCACCUUUGCUGACUUCUGAUACAGCUCCCAUGUUCAUGACUGAGCUCCAAAACCAAGAGGUGCAAGAUGGAUAUCCAGUCAGCUUCGACUGCAUUGUCGUUGGCAAACCGCUCCCCACAGUUCGCUGGUUCAAGGACGGGAAAGCUAUUGAAGAAAACGAUCAUUACAUGAUCAAUGAGGACCAGGAAGGGUGCCAUCAGCUGAUCAUCACAGCUGUGGUCCCCACUGACAUGGGUGUUUACCGUUGCCUUGCUGAAAACAACAUGGGAGUUGCUUCAACCAAGGCUGAGCUUCGAGUGGACUUGACCAGCACUGACUAUGAGACGGCAGCAGAUGCCACAGAGACAUCUUCUUACUACAGUGCCAAAGAAUAUAUUUCAAGCCGAGAACAGGAGGAAUCUACCACUGAGGAGGAGCAGUUACCCCAGAUCUUUGAUGAGCUUCAUGAUAUUCAUGUGGCACCUGGAGCAUCACUGGCUAAAUUUCACCUGAAGGUGAAAGGGUACCCGCAGCCUCGUCUCUACUGGUUCAAAAAUGGACAGCCGUUAAAGGCCUCCGACCGCAUCCUGAAGACUGAUAAAAAUGAAUUCCACUCGCUGGAAAUCCGUGACGUCACUAAGGCAGAUGCUGGCCAGUACUCAAUAUUUGUCAUCAACUCCGCUGGUUCUGCAUAUUCAUCGGCCAGGCUGGUAGUCAAAGAUCAUGAUGAGAAAGAAGAGCCAUCAGAAACAGAUUCCCAUGAGCAGCUGAUACCGCCAAGGUUCCUGGAAAGAUUUACCAAUAAAAAGGUGAAAAAAGGUGCAAGCAUCACAUUGUCUGUGAAAGUUGAAGGACAUCCACCACCAACUAUUACUUGGCUGAAAGAAGAGUCUCAGGAAGACAUCCUGUGGAUCAAACCAGAAACUCCUGGCUAUAAACUUGCCAGUUCAAAUAUGCAUCACAGUCUAAUCCUGUUGGAUGUUAAAAAGAAGUACAGUGGAGCUUACACAUGCAUUGCUACCAACAAGGCUGGCCAGUCCAUCUGCACGGCCACCGUGGAAGUUGCAGAUGUGAAAGAGGCUGAAGUUCUGACCCAGGAGCGCGUGAUGGUGUCGGAAGCCAUCAUGACCACACUGGGAGCUAUUCAUCCCUCUGAAACAAGAGAAGGAGACCUUGAAGCUGGUAGAGAAGGUGUACCCAAAAGCCCUAUUUCAUUAGCUGAUGUUGGCUCAGAAGAGUUCUUCCAGAAACUCACCUCACGUAUCUCAGAAAUGGUAUCUGCAAAAAUAAGUCAGGCUACGCUUCGAGUGCCAGGUGCAGAAAGUGAUGAUGAAUCAAAAACGCCCUCUGCAUCUCCUCGCCAUGGACGAUCCAGACCUUCAUCCAUUGCUCAGGAGUCCUCCUCUGAAUCUGAAGAUGGUGAUUCCAGAGGAGAGAUCUUUGACGUCUACAUGGUCACAGCUGACUACAUACCUGCUGCACCUGACAGAGAGACCAUCACUUUGAAAGAAGGCCAAUAUGUGGAGGUCCUUGAUUCAGCUCAUCCUCUGAAAUGGCUGGUCAGAACUAAACCCACUAAAUCUAGCCCCUCUCGACAGGGAUGGGUAUCUCCAGCUUAUCUGGACAAGAAAUUAAAGUUGUCACCAGAGUGGGGAACAACAGAAGCUCCCGAGUUCCCUGGGGAAUUUGUUUCUGAAGAUGAAUAUAAAAGGAAGCUGAGUGUUCUUAUUCAAGAGCUGCUGAUCUCGGAAGAGGAUUACAUUCAGGAUCUCCAGUUCCUCCAGACUCAUCACCUUAAGUACACUGAGACCUGUUCCAAUGUCCCAGGAGCUGUCGCUAGUCAGAAAUCCACCAUCUUCAGAAAUGUUGAUGACAUUGCUCGCUUCCAUUCCAGUGUCUUCCUCCGAGGCUUGCAGAAAUGUGACACUGAUGAUGAUGUGGCCAUGUGCUUUAUCAAGCACGAAACAGAUUUUAAUAAGUACAUCCAGUACCUGGUGGGGAGGGUACAGGCUGAGUCGAUUGUGGUCAGCAAAGCUGUCCAGGAAUUCUACAAGAGAUACACAGAUGAAAUUUUAACUAAUGAAGACCCUUCACAGCCACUUAUCCCACCACUGCAGCACUACCUGGAAAAACCCAUAAACAGGAUCCAGCAGUAUCAGACUAUAAUCAAGGAAUUAAUCCGAAACAAAGCAAGAAAUAGCCAAAACUGCACGUUGCUGGAGCAGGCUUAUGCCAUUGUGUCUGCACUCACCCGAAGAGCAGAAAACAACCUCCAUGUCUCACUCAUUGAGAAUUAUCCUGGGACCUUGGAAAGCCUUGGUGAACCCAUCCGACAGGGCCACUUCAUUGUGUGGGAAGGAGCUCCAGGAGCUAGGAUGGCUUGGAAAGGACACAAAAGACAUGUCUUCCUCUUCAAAAACUAUAUUGUGAUCUGCAAACCAAAGCGAGACACAAAGACAGACACCUACAGUUACAUCUUCAAGAACAUCAUGAAGCUGAACAACAUAGAUGUGAACGACCUUGUGGAAGGGGAUGACCGGGCAUUUGAGAUCUGGCAUGAACGGGAAGACUUGGUCCGCAAGUACCUCCUUCAGGCACGUACAGUGAAUAUCAAGAACUCCUGGGUGAAGGAGAUCUGUGGCAUACAGCAGCGGAUCAGCGAGCCGGUCUGGAUACCUCCAGACUUUGAGGAAGAGCUGGCAGACUGUACAGCUGAGCUGGGAGAGACGGUCAAGCUGGCUUGCAAAGUUACAGGAGCUCCCAAGCCAUCUGUCAGCUGGUACAAAGAUGGAAAGCCUGUGGAGGUGGAUCCCCAUCACAUUAUAAUAGAAGAUCCCGAUGGUUCCUGCACAUUGAUCUUGGACAACCUAACAGGUGUUGACUCAGGACAGUACAUGUGCUUUGCUUCCAGUCCUGCUGGAAACGCCAGUACCUUGGGAAAGAUCCUUGUUCAAGUGCCACCACGGUUUGUGAACAAGGUUAGAAAUGCUUAUUUUGUCGAGGGUGAAGAUGCUCAGUUUACCUGUACUAUUGAAGGAGCACCUAGGCCUCAAAUCAGGUGGUACAAAGAUGGUGUAAUGUUGAAGGACACAACUAAAUACCAGACUUUCAGUGAACCACGGAGUGGCAUGGUAGUCUUGGUGGUCAAGAACCCUUCCAAUGAAGAUAUGGGACACUAUGAAUGUGAGCUGGUGAACAGAUUAGGGUCUGCAAAAAGUGGAGCAGAACUUUACCAUCACAGUGCUGCAGCCCUGACCCAGGAGAGGAGAGGAGACCAAGCCAUUACCAUAGAAGGAUUGACUUCCCCAAAGUCAGAGAUGGAGACCACUGUCCAGGCCUCACUUCAGCGUGCUGAUAAGGAGAUCAAGACAGCUCUAAAGAAACUGGUGGACUCAGCGUCACUGCUGGUGACUCUUCCCCCAGGCAUGCGAGGAGGAGCCGGUGGCCUUGGCCUCCCUGGGUCCGUUCCUUCAGACCCAGCAGCCGGGCCCUCUGUGCUGGUCCAGGAAGCCGGUACCCAAACCCAGGCAGCGGGAGGGCAUGACGAAGCCCAAAGGCAGAUUCCCCCUGAAGAACCAAGUGUGCCAAAGCCCAGCCCCAGUCCUGGCCAUGAAGGGGCAGCUGCUGGAGAUGAAAGCGUGCAGGAACACACUGUUCCUAUUACCAGAACAUCACCAGCCACAGGGGCAGGAGACUGGUACAGAAGAGAAGGAGAUGUGGUCUGGGAUGUACACAGUGAAGUUUAUAUUGAGACCACAGAAAGAACUUGUGUGUAUAAGACUGAGGAGAAGACCCCAAAGACCCCAACAAGUCCUCCCUAUAUGCAAGUGACAAUAGAGGAUGUGCAGGUGAAUUCUGGGGAGCGUGCCAAAUUUCAGGCAGUCAUUGAAGGAACCCCUCAGCCUACUGUUUUGUGGUUUAAGGGCACUUCAUUGCUGACGGACAGCGACAGGGUCCAUCAAGGGAAGGAAGGAACAACGUAUUUCUUAGUCGUGGACGAUGCUGUCUCAGAAGAUGGUGGUGUUUAUACCUGCGUUGCCAAAAAUGCAGGAGGGGAGGUUUUGUGCAAAGCAGAGCUUAUUGUACAUGAAGCUAAGAAAGACCAAGCAGCAAAGAAAGUGGCCACCAGGAGAAAGCUCCAUUCCCUUUAUGAGGUUAAGCAGGAGAUUGGAAGGGGUUGCUUCAGCUUUGUGAAACGAGUUGUGCACAAAGGGAACAGAGUGUCUUGUGCUGCCAAGUUCAUACCUCUGCGAAGCAAAACGAAGGCUCGAGCGCAUCAAGAGAGGGAUAUUCUUGCCUCUCUGUCCCAUGACAGAAUUACCAGGCUCCUGGAUCAGUUUGAAACACGGAAAACACUGAUUUUGAUUCUGGAGUUAUGCUCCAGCGAAGAGCUCCUUGACCGUUUAUUCAAGAAGAGUGUUGUCACUGAAGCAGAGGUCAAAUUGUAUAUCAAGCAAAUCUUGGAAGGAAUCAGAUAUCUUCAUGACAACAACAUCCUUCAUUUGGACAUUAAGCCGCUGAAUAUCCUCAUGGUUUAUCCUGAAAGGGAAGACCUUAAGCUCUGUGACUUUGGAUUUGCUCAGAAGAUCACACCGUACGAGCCUCAGUUCAGCAAAUACGGGUCUCCAGAGUUCGUUGCCCCAGAAAUUGUUUCUCAGUCACCAGUGUCAAAAGCAACUGAUAUAUGGGCCGUUGGAGUCAUCACAUAUUUAAGCCUAACGUGCAAGUCUCCAUUCGCUGGGGAGAACGACAGAGGAACUCUUCUAAAUAUCCAAAAUGGGGAAAUUUCAUGGACCAUUCCUGAUUUUGUUCACUUGAGUGAAGAUGCAAAGGACUUUAUGAAAAGGAUCCUGCAGCAGCACUGCGAAGACAGGCCUAGUGCUUCGGACUGUCUUUCCCACACGUGGUUCAUGCAUAAUGUCCCCCUCGAAGAAGCUCAUUUCAUUAAUACCAAACAGCUCAAAUUCAUUGUGGCUCGGAGCAAGUGGCAGCGGUCUUUGAUGUGCUAUAAAUCCAUACUGGUGAUGAGGUCUAUCCCAGAAAUCCUAGAAAGGACUCAUGACAACACCUCUCUGGCCAUCUCCCGACACCUUGUUGAAGAAAGCACUUCAUCCAGUACCAGCGGCUCCUCUUCAGACAACGAGAACUCACAUUUCCCCAAGAAGAGGCACUUUGGCUCUACCCCUGAACUGCACUUGUCGGUUUUUGAUGCACUGAGCCAUCAGGAACCUCCAAAACAUGCAAGUGAAGACAAGCACUCCAAAAUCUCAGUCCCUCCAGUAAAACCCAUGAGGAGGAAGUAUGCUUCAAUGAAAGCUGAGGUGGGGGACAAAUCACCUAUGGAAAGCACAGAGCUCAUGGCAAGUAUCUUAAUGGAGAAAGAGGAGGGGCUCCAUCCCAGACUUCAAGAUGAAAGAGCAGAGCAGUCCCAAAGAGGCAAUGCUGCUGAGUCUUCAUCAGUGAGGACCUCCACAGAAAGCACAUCACAGCUGUGUCAGAAAGAAAAAACAGACACAUUUUUGUCUGUUAAGGACAGAAUUGAAAAAGCUGGGGAUGGGACAGAAAAGCCACCUGUCUGUGUUCCUAGACAGAGUGUCAUUAAAAGCACGUUCUACAGCCAAGCAGCUGAGCUACCUGCAAGGGGGCCUUCCUCACCAGGCAGGGAGUUCAGAAGACACCUGGACAGAGCCAGAAGGACCUUCCAGAAAGCUGGAUAUUCAAAGGUGCCCAUCAGUGGUCUCCGUGAACCCCUUCUAGAGCAGUUUGAACUGGAAGAAGAAGAAGGGAAGUGUGGCAAUGGAGAUGAUCACAGGGAAAGUCUGCUUGGUUCCUUGACCAAAUCGGCUUCAUUUGAUACGGCAAGGAAACCACCACACCCUGCCAUUGCUGGUGCUAGCCGAAGCCGUUCCCUGGAUGACUACAGGCUGAGAGCCUCAAGAUCAGUGAGGGAACAAGAUAUUUUGGAAGAAGAUUGUGAUAUAUUGUCACAGGAAAGUUGCCCUGAAGGCAGUGACCAUUGUGACAGCUCUACGGGGCCUGGCAAGGAAUGUUCUGUAGACACUUCAAAGCAAGAGGACUUCAGGAAAGCCAGCAAGGAUUGUUCCGAAGAGCAGCCCCCUCCUUCCACACAGUGUGAGGGUAACAGGUGCUCGGCUCUUCUUGUGCAACCGCUGGAGUCACUUCCAGUGACACCUCAUAGGAGUGAGAAUAGGAAACAUUUACUGAAGAAGUCAAAAGCUACUUACAAUGAGGAGGAAGCUGAUAAUCUGGAAGGCAAAAGCCCCGUUCUAACUGCCCAACGCUCAGAUGUAACUGCAUCAUCAGCCCCAAAACAGGAAAGCAUGGAAGAUAAACCCUCCCCUGGCCAUGCCUCUGAUAUUGUUUUUCAGGAGGGCAAGGAGUCCGUUUCGACUCCCACAGAGCCAGAGGUCACCUCCAAGGCAUCCCCUACAAGUAAGGGAGGCAUGUGUCUGCCCAAGGAGCCUGCUCUCAGUACCGACAGCCAUCUGGAUCUAAGAGGUGGAAGCCUGCUUAGCAAAAGGACAGCCCCAGUGCCACCUUGGAAAGACAAAAGGCAGAAACAUUCACUUGAGAAGACUUCUGCUCAUAGUGUUACCAAACCUGAUCUCACAGAGCAUGAAAGCUCUGCUGUUUUAAUGGGCCCACAAAGAGAAACAGAUUCACUUCAGGUAUGUAAAGCCAAAAGUCAGGAACUUCCUGGUCAAAGUGUUCCAGCAACUACUGUCUUGGUGGACAAACAGCCAGGUACCCUAACUGCUCUGUACGCGGCUGAUGAAGGUGCUUAUCAGAAGCUGAAGACCUAUGAAGAAGUGAAAUCUGCUGUCCUGGAGGAUGAAGGACAAGGUAUUACAGGAACCACUCCACUGUCAGCCCAUGACGGUGAAAGCCAAGCACACAAGAGGGCUCCUGUUCACGCAGACACAGCAUCAGCUGUCCUGAAGGGAAAGCAUCUCAUCAUUCCAAAAGUCCCACCACCAAAAUCCAUGCCCAUUUUGGUCUCUGAUGGAGCAGGGCAGGCUGGAAGGGACUGGCCGGCCCAUAGCCAGGAGAGGCUUGCUGCUCCGAGGAGUGAAAGCUCAGCUGUUGCAGCAGUUGUUCCCAGUUCGGUCCAUGAGGCUGAAAUUGAGGGAGCUGAACCCCAGAAGGUUUCUGAAGGCAGUGGCAUGGUGCCUGCUGUUCUGGAGAGCAGACACCCAGCUAGAACUGUGUCCUCCCAAAAUACUGGCCUCCCUUUGGCCUGUGAGAGUGAAAAGCAAGAAUACCCAAAGACAUCACCUCCCAGUGAGGUGGGAUCUGCUGUGACAGCAAGUGAAAGCCAAGCAGCUGGACAGACUACGCCUGCUCCUUUCCCCAAGGCUGGACGUCAGGUGUUUGAGCAGCACAGGGCUGCCUAUCCCUGUGGCAGAGUUUCUGCUGAUCUGGAGGGUGAGCCUCCAGGUGUCUUAACUGCUUCACCACCAGAAGCUGCUCCAGCUUCAGUCUAUGAGCUAGAACAUGAGGAACAUCCAAAGGUUCAUGGUGACGGUAGAGGCAUUGCUUUAGACAGCAGAAGCUGUGAUGUUGGAAAAACUGUCCCAUCACUCCACAGGGAUCAAAGUCAGGAGCUCUCACAUCACAGAUCUUCUUUUUACAGUGAUGAGGAGUCUGCUGUGCUGGAGGGCUUAGUGGAUGAGAUGGUUUCACUCUCUGAAGAGAUGAAUGUUUGGGCAGAGUCAGUUUCUGGUGAGGAGGAAUACAGAAAACACACCUCUCGUCCCACAGAGGUGUUCUACAAAGGCCUAGGUAGCCAAGCACCCAUGGACACCUCCUUCCCUUCUGUACAAGGGGGUAAAAAAGGGGAAGCCUCUGAGCUGGAUGACCUUGCAGAACCUUCUCUUGUCGUGAGUGAGGAGUCGGUGGAAGGGCAGAGAGCACAGAUGGUUCCUCAGGAAUGUGAGCAUCUGGAGGACUUAGCAUUUGAGAGCCCCACUUCCAGCCAAGUGAGUGUUUCCUCAACAGACAGCUUGGAUACUGGAAAAAAACCUGGUCAAGUGUCAGUGAGCAAGGACGCUGGUAAACACCCAGAAGUUUCUUUAGUGAAAAUCAAAGACCUGUCGGAUGAAACACCCAGUCUUGGCAGUGGAACUCCAAAAUUUGACAUAUCAGAGGUAGAGCCUGCCUAUUUGAAUUUCUCUGACUUGUAUGACAUUGUCUAUUUUCCAUUUGAAUUCAUGAACUAUAGGAAGCCUCCACCCAAACCAACUGGCAGACGGUUUAUACCUUUUGGUGAAAGGGCAAGGCCACCUCCUGCAGGACAUUUGCAUAAAGAUAAAAGACUAUGCAUCCGAGAAGAGGCACGGGACAAGAACAGGAAGAACCAUUUGGAAAUAUCUGAGGAUUCAAAAGCAACUAACUUAUUAGCCACGGGGAAAGGGUCAGAGAGUCAUAAAGAGAUGUAUGGCACCCAAAAGGACUCAAGUGGUAAGCAGAAAAGCUCCUUCUACAAGCCAGGACUCUUUAAGCCGUAUGCACGGUCUCAUUCAGUGGAGCAGUCAGUGGAGCAGAGUCUGAAGAAGAAAGUAAAAGCUUCUGUUGCCCAUAUUUCAAGAAUCCUAAAAGGAAAGACAUCUCCUGAGCCAGAGGAAGAGUUUGGUGAGCUGAGAAGUGAGGCAGUAGAAGAAGAGCUGUUAACAGGAGCUGAAGGAUCUCUGAAGAAGAAAUCAGCACUCCCUUCAUUCAAGUUUUCAAGCCUUAUGCCAAAGGAGAAAGCACCUUUGUUCAUUGAGGAGCUCAUCGAUCAGGCUGCUGCCGUCGGACAGUGUGUGACAUUGUCGUGCCGGACGGCAGCUCACUCCUCCCUGCACAUUGACUGGUUCAGAGAUGGGAUACCUGUCCACAGCAGCAGCCGGAUCCUCAUCUCAGCCACGCUCAAAAAUUUCCAGCUGUUAACUAUUCUCUCUGUUAGUGCUGAUGAUUUUGGUAUUUACACUUGUGUGGCCACAAACUCCCUGGGCUCAGCAUCCACCUCUUGCAUCAUAAGAAAAGCAGAGGUGCCUCCCAGCCCUCCGCCCCCUGACAUCGUGGAGGUCUAUGAGGAUGGAGUGCAGGUGGCCUGGAAACCUGUGGAAACCAACAUCCCUGUCCACUAUAGCGUCCAGUGCAAGAGCGAAGAUGGGGAAUGGACGAAUCUUGCUUCUAACAUCGCUGACUGCUGCUACUAUGCCAAAAAUCUCUCCAAGGGGUUUAUCUACUGCUUCAGGAUAGCCUGCACCAGCAAAGCAGGAAUGGGCCCAUACAGCAACCCAUCUGCCAAAGUGAAAAUCGCUGAGAAGGAUCAAAUGGAGCUUCAUGCUGCAAUGCAGAACUUCCCAUCAUCUGCUACUGAAGAAGAGAGUGAAAUAAUGGCACCAUCCGAGCCUUUCCCAACAUACCAGACCUAUGCCUUCCAAACAGAGAUCAAAAGGGGGCGUUUCAGCAUCGUCCGGCAGUGCAGGGAAAAAGUCAGUGGCAAGACUUUAGCUGCUAAAAUUAUCCCUUACUGGCAAGAGGACAAACAGACUGUGCUCCUGGAGUACCAAGUCCUGAGGAAGCUUCAUCACACGAACAUAGCUCAUCUGAAGGGAGCCUACAUCAGCCCACGACACUUAGUGUUGAUCCAGGAGAUGUGCGUGGGACCAGAGCUACUCCACUCUUUGGCAUUACGGACAUCAUACUCAGAAGUGGAGGUCCGAGAUUACCUGUGGCAGAUCCUCAGUGCCAUUGAGUACCUCCAUGCACACAACAUCCUGCACUUGGAUCUCAGGUCUGAAAACAUGAUCAUCACUGAGCCCAACCUGCUGAAGCUCCUGGAUUUUGGCAACGCACAGUUCUACACACCAGACAAAGUUAUUACCAUGGACAAGUGUAUGGACUAUGUUGAAACCAUGGCUCCAGAACUACUGACAGAGCAAGGAGCCCUCCCGCAGACUGAUAUCUGGUCCGUCGGCAUCACAGCCUUCAUCAUGUUGAGUGCCAACUACCCCGUCAGCUCUGACGUAGCCUGCGAGUUCCUGAGAACAACCAGGAAGGGUAAAGUGAAGCUGACACGGUGCUAUGCGGGUCUCUCUGGGGGAGCGGUGUCCUUUCUCCAGAGCACACUGUGUGCAAACCCCUGGGGAAGGCCAUCAGCCUCGGAGUGCCUUCAGAGCCCGUGGCUCCAGGAGACAGGUUUGGACAACAGGCAACAAGCACUGGUUACCUUCCCCACCACCAAACUGAGGAAUUUCCUCACUGAAAGGGAAAAGAAAAGGGGCCUGCUGUGCUCCAAGUAUGGCCUCAUGAUUGCACAGUGACAUGGCUGCAGUGACAGACGGGAAUUGUCUCCCUCCCCCUUUCUGCACUUAGUGUUUGGUACCAGAUAGUCCUGCCAAGUUGCUGUGCAUCAGCUGAGCUGGGGUAACUGCUCUCUGUGAAUGCAAUUUAGCAUAACUGAGCAAAUUAAUCCAUGUAUAUGCAUUACCACAAGGCAAGAACAGAAAUAUAGGCUGUUAACAUGGCUCAGCUGACCAACAGUAAUUUGACAGUAUGUGUGUCACUUGGCUGCACAUUCCCUGGAAUAACGAGGAAAGAUUUCUGAUUGGGACUAGCUACCAGCCCCAGCUUUGCAAAUCUUUCCUUGAGGUCAGAAAGACACCAUGCAUGCAAAUGCUGGGCACUGACUUCUGCCCCUGGCCCUAGGACGUGAUAACCAGACACGCUUACAGAUGUCACUGCACUGCGCAUCCUACAGUCACCACUGCAGCAAGGUGUGACUGGUGGGUUUCUCACCUGCCUUCAAUCCAAAAUAAUUCAACAACCAGUUAUGAAGAGAUGAGUGAAGCACUUUUGAGGGGCUAAUAUUAGACAGCAAUGUGUCUUCAGGCUUUGGAUGUAGAGGUCCAACUAGAUAAAGCCCUGAGCAACCUGGCCUGAGCUGAUAGCUGACCUUGCUUUGAGCAGAAGGUUGGUCUAGAGACCUUCUGAGCUCCCUCCCAACCUGACUUGUUCGGUGACCCCAUCUCUUUGCCAAGUGCCAAACACAAGGCUGGAGUGGUGGGACUCUGCUAGCACCCAUUAGCAGCCAGGCUCAGCAUGUUGCUUUCCUGGCCAAGUACCCCACCAUCCCCAUGGGCCUGACCUGAGAUUAAGCACGGGGUGAGAGGAGGGCAACAAGAGGCUGCAAAGGAUGGAGGUGUUACCUGUGUAACAGUGGUACCAAAGAGGAGAUUGUAACCAAGGCCUUUCAUACGCUGUGAGGAAACUCUUUCCUGCCCAAUUCAUGAGAAACAAGCAGGGACAGUCUCUGUGAAAGCAGCCUUGUAGCUUGACUGUAGCACGAGGUGUGCUGGGGAGCAUAACGGCAAUGGGGGUUUCCAGUAACUGAUAAAUCGCACAUCCUGCUCCUGCAAGAGGCCAUAGCUUGCAUAGCUUUGAGAAGAACUACCGUCCUACCUGGGGCCCAAGUUGACCCUCCAUAUGCCACUCCACUUGGGCAGCCUGGCUCCUGCUCUCUUAGAGCCCAGUCCCAUGCUCAGUGAGCUGUGUGGCUCCACGGCGGGUCACCUGCUCUCCAUGGGCACCUGCACUGUCAUGUCUGCAGAGCUGACCAGGCUCCUCAAAGUUUUCAAGGUUUGAAAACACCACAAAACUUGUUUUUUGGAGCAUGUAUUUGAAGUCUCCCAUUAGACUUAGGUGACAGUUACCCAUCACAUAGGAUCCUACAGUAACACCUCACCUGCCUGACUAUAUCUGCAUCAAUUAUCUUAAAAAUGUGUUAAAGAACGAAUGUACAGAAACAACUCUUGAAUAAACCAAGAUGUGACUUGCUGUA